AUGUCUGGUGUGAGUUUGCAUAUUCAGCAAUCUGCGGUAGGCUUACAAAAUUCCCACGCUGCGUUAGUACAAAUAUACAUGAUGUGUUGAUAUGAGGACCGUCGAUUUCUAAGAAAGCUACUACUUCCUCACCUAACAUAUGCAUGGGAGAGACACGUAACUGCUCAGUCAACUGUUUUACAAUUCCCAAGUUGAACGCGUUCAACUUGGGAACGCGUAUACGUUCACUUAGGAACGUAAAACCGCCUUUGCCCAAUGCCUUUACCGGUGGCAGAUCAAUUGUUAUAUCCAGAAGUGUUCGUGCAUCCAAGGGCUUGUCCUUGCAUGAAAUACAUGUCAGACACGUCGCCUGGCGUCAUCAGUCUCAUAAUCUUCAGGAGGCUUAAGUCUGACAACUGUCAGGUGUUCGUGAGGUAUUUGGGAACGUACAGCCCAGGUCAUCAGUUCGUCACGUGCGCCUAACUCCUUCUCAGUUGAUAGGACCGUAGGAGAUUAAUCUGGUUCAAUGUGCAUUGGCACAGUCAUCAAGACCGACUCAUCAUCAGAAGAGGUCGUACUGGUAUCUGUUGACCAACUGCUGGUGGGCAACCCGCCGACAAAAACCCUAGUAGCAAGCUAUAUCGAGACAAUAUCUAGUAGAUAUCUAUUUUCCGAGAUAUUUAUAUCUACUAGAUGUCGAUUUUGUUCGCUAUCCAGAUAUCGAGUAAAUAUCUAUUUUUCGAGAUACUCCGAAAUCGGCGAUAGCGACACGUUAGGCACUGCGCGCGCUACGUUUACUCGUUCUUAUAGUCAUACCAAACUUUAUUACUUUCUGUUGGUGAUGAGUGGGACGGACAUUUUCCCCCAUAAAUGAGGCCGCCUGUUAUUACCGAUUUUGUGUUCUCCAGACGAUUAAGGACCGACUCAACAGAAUACCGCUGAGUACAAGCACCCCCGUCAUUAAAACCAUAGUGAUCCAGAAAACAGCUAAUAGAAUUAAAAGCUCGCAGUAACAACCUGAUGUACAGGACGUUACCCUCAUCCGAUUCAUUCUCGAAUGUUAAUCCUAGACGUCCGGUGAAUAAACCUCGUAUCUGACGGCGUAUCUCAGAGGCGCUUGCCUACCUUUCCCUUAAUAAAUCUGAUCUGAUCUGACUGGUCGCGUCCCUUUCCUAAAAUGAUGUAUGUCGGCCGAUGGAAACGUCAGCUAGUCGAGGUGUUAGUGCAUUUGCUCGAUUUUUUCAGCAGUAUUCUGCUUUGCAGUCCAAGAAUGUGUUCUCGGCUUUAAAGCUGAUUUUUUUCGCAUUGUUUGAGAUCUCUUUGGCUAUUCUCUGAACUCAAAGGCUGCGCGGUCCUUUUUUAGGUGUUUCCGACAUUUGAUCGUUUUUUUUUCUAGGAUCACACAAAUACCCGGCAUGUGGACAUCGGAGAUAUCUUUUUCUGAAGCCCACUUUUCCUCCUAGGCCUUCCUAUUAUUUCUGACGCAGCUGAGAUGUAGUUAGUUCUGAAAUGGGGUGUGAUCGUUUGGUUUCGCCCAUCUUUUUGAGUAGACUGCACAUUUGUGUGCAGCAUUACUGCAAUUUUUUGUUCUGUCGAUCUCUGCGGUCUAUUUCUACAUGCUUUGUCAUACAAAAUUUUCCGGAUCAUAUCCAGUCCACUGUCCGAUCCCGACCUACCUACACCUGGUUGAUUAGAGCGAACUUCGGUUUCUUUAUCUUCAUUUUCGCCGGAUGAUUUCACAAUUAUGUCGCAUCUUUCUAUACUUUGGUUGUCCACUAUCAUCAGAUUUAUUUCUCCAUCGUUUGCUCAGUUCUGCUAACAGUAGCUUCCUUUUCAUCCGAUCGACAGGGAUGUCAUCCGGUUAAAAAAAACCUCCAGGAUAAUUGUGCCAUAAUCUUGACUUUCGAGACAAUAUGAGAUCUGUCUGUUGUUUUUUUUUAGGACGAUCUUUACUGGUCUUAUUCUCUCUGCGUUGCUCAUAAUUAAUGCCUUCAAGCGGAAAGUCUUUUAGAUCUUGACCAUUUCACUGGGUUCCUCGGGGUCAUUCAGUAGAUUAUGGAAUUCCCACAUAUUCUGUCUGACCCUUUAUUUUGGGGAUUCACCAGAGGCCUCAGGGACUCCUCGGAUAGUUACGCAAUAAUGUUUCUUUGGGAAAACUUGUGUAUGUGCCCUGUUUUCUAUUACUGUUGGAAGUUUUAAGCGAUACCUUUCGGGCUACGUUCGUAGAUAUUUUUUCUUGUUAAACUGCUGAUCUGGUAGUUGACUUCUUGGCGUCGCUUCGGAUCCUCCGGCCAGGACCACGUCUGCUAAGACUUUGUCUAUCACACUACUUCUUUGUGAACUUACUACUGGGUUUGCGGGGCCCAUGUCUAUCACGGAGUUGCUUACAUUUACGAUGACCAUCUUUGGGUCCGCCCUCCGCUAAAACAUGAUGUCUGACGGUAUAGGCUUUACAGGGCUCUUAUAUUUCGGUUGUCUCUUUCAAUUUACGCCUGCACGGUGUACUAUCUGCGUUCUUCUACAACACUAGAUUCAUCAUGAUUACUCGACUUUGGUAUUCUGGUGAUCGUCGAUCGCUGGCCUCUUGUGAAAAUAGACUGCACACUAGCUUUGCCGACGUUAAUCAAACGCGGGACUGGAUUUCAGGACGUUAGAUAAACAUUGGUUUCAACUAGUUAAUGCAAGCAUAUUUCCUCCCGUUAUUGUCGUCACGCUGUGUUUGAACUCGCAAGAAGAGACUUAUGACGCAUCUCCGUUUAGUACUGACGGAGUGUUUUCUCGUAAAUUCGUGAAUGCACUUAAUGUCAGUUGCCAUACGUAAACAGUUGCCUUAUCUUCCUGCCUGCUAUCUUUGGGCCUUAUACAUUAGGGAAGGCCAACUACUUGUCGACUUCAUCUACCACGGCAAAACGCACACUGAUAAAGAUUGAAGUCCGUAUUGUCAUGUAGGUGUGCACGUCACUUCGCUAGACUACGACAAAUGUGUCCUCGACGUAUACUGCUCAGCAUUCUUUGGAUAAGGGCCAAGGACUAGUUGCUCGAGCCUCUAGGAAACCGUCGCAGAAACCAAUUCGAACGAAGACUAGUGCACCAGUACUCACUAUUUCGCUCAUGGGCCUGACCAUUAAGUCCAAGGAAGUCCUAAGUCACAGUUCAAGGACGUCGAUGGCGUGCACUCGCUGGAGCUGUUUCAUCUCGUCUGUGUCUAUUUUUGAUGCCUUAUACCUACAAGGAACUACUCAGCCGAUCCCACUGCCCACUCCGAAGCAUCGAUAAAUAGGCAAAGUCGUUGGUAGAGCCACUUGGACAACUGGGAUGUUGGAUUGCUACAUAAGGAAACGAUAUGACGUAGGACUACUCUUACAUUGUGCGCAUUUAACUGGCAGUAGAUGCGCGUCGUUGUUAUUUUCCAGAUGUUACGCACAAGUUUCCAGCCAGUUCGGACAGAGUCAGAGGGACAGGCCCAACAGCUGAGUCCCGCGGAGAGGAGGGAAGGAUCCAGCCGGAGGUCAAGUUACAAACAUAGAUUACUUGCUCGCCGAAGCGCUCAACUGGCCGAAAACUAUCCGUACGAGCUGUGACGACUGAGCAAUCCACCAGAUGGUGGUAGGAAGGGUGGUCGGAGGGAGAGGGGGCAAAAACCACACUGAUUUUGCUGCAGUUACAAUGUUCGCGAAAGAGGCAUUGUCCAUGCGAGCUUGCCAGAGGUUAGUUACGGAGGGAUCCAAGCUAAUCAACGGCCAAGAGGCAGAUCAAAGUUUGUGUUUUGGGCGCUCCUAUAAUACGGCGUUCAGUAAAUCAUUACCAGAAGAAACAGACACCGCACUAGUCUGGUGUUGGAAAUGCAGAAGUUUCCGAGGCUUCAGUACGAAAAUAAUCUGGUCCACGAACCCGCCCCCUCUUUCUUAUUUUCCUGAGGGAUGGUGAACGCAGCAGCAGAAGCAUCAGCGAAAUAUGUCUGGGCUUUUAGCUAGUAUAUAUUUCCGGAGUGCGGAAUAACACCUUUUCCAUAGAGUUUAUGCCACUUGUUUGUAGAACGGACAUCACGUGGCUAUUCGAGUACAACUCUAUUUUACCGAAGAACCUCUUCCUUUUUUCGUUGUAUCGACUCAGAAUACAUACCAUCUGUGAUCUGCAUGUAUGUGUACAUGUAAUUGUAGAGGGAUGCUGACCGAUCGCGUUAGGGAACUCACUCGUCCCUUUGUUCCGCUGGGCUCUCUCUUGCGUCCGACCAGCAGCCACAUAGUAGUGCUUAGUAUAGGCAGAGUGGCAUUACCGAUAAAGACGAGGUAGACUGGGAUGGUCAUCUCUGGCUACUAGCUGUUAUCAGCCAUCCAUGUGUUUCACACGUCGGGUUGGUGUCACCAACUUGAAAAUUCACGAGUGCAACUCGAUUCUUUUAAGAGCCCUUCCUUAUUGGCAGCAGGACGCUCACCGAUCGCUCUAUGGAACUCACCCGUCUCCCUGUCUUGGGGCCCUCUAUCGAGCGCUGUCAGCAGCCGCACAGCGGUGCGCGCAAUAUAGGUGAAAUAGCACUACCAACAGAGACAAAGGAGACUGUGGCGGCCGUUUCCGGCUUUUUGACCGUCAUCAGCUAUCCACACCCAACCUCAAAUUCCCGCAACCCCUGGGGCUAGAACCCGCAUUCUCCUGAAAAGAAGUUGAAAAUCCUAACCACUGAACCACGGGCUCGUCGUCAUGUUAGUUGAGAUCGGGAUUAUCAGCAGUUCUAGACAAAAAGCAAAGGAGAGCAAUAUUGUUGGUUAUGCCUUUCUUUUCCACCCUCCUUUUUAGCCUGAUUCCGAGGUCUCAGAGCCGGACCUGCAUGUCACUCUUCUUCGUCAGAAGGCGGAAGAUUUCAUCGACGGAUUUCACGGUUUUCAAGACCGAAUUAAUGACCGAUUACGGAGGCUAGUGCGAAAUGACCGGUUCCUUGAAUACCUUUUUCCAAAGCCUUCCUCAACAAACCUUACAGAACAGCAAGUAAAGGACGCGCUUGCUCUCCAUCAUGGACAGGUAAUGCCCCACCGCCCCAAAGCUAACGUAAUCCUAGUCCACUCUCACGGCUGAGUAACAUUAAUAGCUUUAGUACUAGUCUUAUCUAAACCAGCGCAGCAGUCCUUUUCAACAUCAAGUGACGCUUACAGGUGAACUGCUUUGGGGCGGACUCCUUGGUCGUUCCUGGGUUUGUAGAAUUUACUACCAGUCCCGGGUCUUGUGCUGAAUCAAGGCACGUGCCAGGUGCAUACAUAUCACAGCUUCGGCCGAGUAACAUUAAUUGGAAGUAGGGACGAUCAGAAAACACAACUUGCCUUGUUUAAUUUCCGAGGAAAUUAAUGCGCGAACUUGGAGUAAAUCUUUCGAAACGAGCCUUUUCAGGCACGCUCCAAAUUUUGAUAUGAAUAUUUGAGCUGAAAUCCAUCAGCUACUGCGGAAUAACCGCUUAAUAUUCACAAACCGCAAGGCAAAGCAAGUUGAAACUGGAGUUCAUAUACCAGAAAACACAGGGAAAAGCUGGAGGACCCACUGACGAGCCGAACCCCCCGCAGCUGCGCUAGGCAGCGGCAUAAGAUCGGCGAAACACGCGUGUCUGGGCUUUUAGCUAAUACCUGUGUUGUUAGUACGGUAAGUCAUUGCACAGUAAACACAACUGUCAGUCUUUUGGUACCAAGUAACAGCAUCCAUAUCUGAUCUCGCCAAAACACCUCUUUGUCUUAUCACUCAAGGCACUAUGAUUGCAGAUAGAAUCUGCCUCAAGAUUACUGAUCGCGCAUACCUUUCGUAGUAUGUCAUUAGUCCUCUGACGGUACGAGUGGUCCAAAAGCCUCGGGGGUUUCCCAUACACGCUAGUAACAUUUUCGGUCACACUCCGGCACAAAAAGCUACCAUAAACACAAAGCCUGCCGAGAUUGGAUGGCUCUGUCCAUACAUAAACGCUUAUAUUUUUGUCUGACAGGCCAUCCGGCUUCUCCUUCAAAGAGCCGACGGAGUCCAAUUGCCAAUAGUUGUGCGUUCAGAUGGCCGAGUAGGUGACAUCUACAAGGCCGUGGUCAAUGUUACAAACGAGUACAUAGAACAACUCCGCUCCAGUCGUCUUUCAAAACAAACUCCGGUAAAUAGCAAGUGUCACCAAAAAAAGAAGAAGAGGAAAAAGAGUCACAAACGAAGACUUGAGGAGUCACCAAGAGUGAACUCAAUAGUCAGCGCGUUUGCCCACCCGCCCCCAAUGGACACAAAAAAGUUAAACUGGAAGCGGUUCUGGCGGAUUCGGGCUCUGGAGGCCGUUUUGGCCAAUUCAACGCAUCCACUGACUGAUAAGAAACGACCCAUAAAAGACCAAGAAAAUCUGAAGAACGGAAGCAUACUGCGUUUUGUACAGCGAAGAUAA